AUGUAUGUACUGAGGAUGGCUAAAAUAAAGGAGAAAUCAAAUGAAACUACUAGUAGUCAUUGCAUACCUCACAGACAUGAUCUAGCAAUGAAAAACAUUCCUCCUUGUCUAAAAAACGUAGUGGAUGAAGCCAUAAAAAUAGUCAACUUCAUCAAGUCACGUCCCCUGAAAUCUAGACUUUUUAAAAUCUUGUGUAACGACUUGGGAAGUAUUCAUAGUACGUUAAUUUUCCAUACAGAAAUCAGGUGGUUAUCUCGUGGUAAAGUAUUAACACGGUUAAUGGUAUUAAGGGCUGAAGUUUCUUCAUUUCUAAUGGACCACAACGUUACAUUAGCUGAAACUAUGAAUGACAUGACUUGGCUUUCUCAGCUAUCAUACGUAGCAGACAUUUUUAACAAAAUGAACGAAUUAAGUCUUUCCUUAGAUGGAAGAACUUUGACAAUUUUUGAUGCGAGCUCCAGAGUAUGUGCAUUGAAAAGAAAAAUUGAUUAUUGGUCAGAGUGCAUUUCUAAAAGAUAG